AUGUGUACAUACACUUAUUCGUGGUACAUCUGCAACCACAGNACAUGUGCAAGCAUCACGUUGCAGUCUGCAAGGGCUUCGGCAACUAUUACUGCCCAGACUGCUCUGAAGACCAUAACCUCGAGUUGGAGUUGGAGGAGUAGAAAGAGG